AUAUGUAAUAAGUACCUAACCUCCCACCUAUAGCCGCAUCUUAUCGAUAAUAUCGGUCAUGACUUUCCUUCUUAACCCUCACGCCUUAUCUACUUAGUAAAUAUUCAGUAUUAUAUCUACUUGAGUCUUGCUCUAGAAUUAGAUAGAACUCCGCAUUAGAAUUCUCCAAGCAUUCGCUGUAGUAAUCAUGGCCCCAAGAAAGAUCAUCAUAGACACCGACCCAGGCAAGUAGCAGCAAAAGGAGAUAGUUAUUAAACUUAUAUCUUAACUGUUUUAUAGGCGCCGACGAUGUUAUAGCUAUGCUUCUCGCUCUGGCUUCCUCGCCCGAGGAGCUGGAAGUGCUGAUGAUCUCGGUAACUUACGGCAAUGUGGAUCUAGAGGGCUGCUUGCGAAAUGUAGUCAGCAUGUUCCACGUUCUCGACCAGGAGAUGGAGUGGCGCAAGUCUCAAGGGAAGCCUUUAGGCUAUGAGGCUCUGCGAACUUAUAAACCUAUUGUUGCUGUCGGCCCUGAGCAUGCUCUGGAAUAUGAGAUGUUAAUGGCAGACGAUUUUCAUGGAGCUGACGGCUUACACGGUGUUCACGAAGCUCAUCCUCACUUAUCGCCCGCUGAUACUUGGAAAGCUCUUUUCAAGGAUGGACUUCAGGGAGAUGCCGAGGAUCCCUCAUAUUUAAAAUAUUUUACGCCGUCGAAAACACCAGCACAUAAAGAGAUCCUGAGGAUCCUGAAGGAGGAGCCUGCUGACACGGUCUCAAUAUGCGUCCUGGGCCCAUUGACUAAUUUGGCUCUAGCUGCUUCGGAAGACCCCGAAACCUUUCUCAAGGUCAAGGAGGUGGCUGUUAUGGGUGGGGCUGUAGAGUGUGAAGGCAACGUAACGCCGGUUGCCGAAUUCAACACUUACGCCGAUGCCGUUGCCGCCGCUCGAGUGUUCGCUUUGACGUCGCCGAACCCGGCUUCCACUAUGCCACCCGUACCAAAGGACAAGUCAACUCUACCGCCGUACCCUGAAAAGCUUUCACGGCCUCUGAACUUGAGUCUAUUCCCACUUGAUAUUACUACACCGCAUCUCCUAAACCUAGGCUUCUUUCUGGAGAAGAUUGAACCGCAGCUCGCCGGCAACAGCCCCUUAGGAGUAUGGAUUAAUACUUUCAUGGUUGGCAUAUUCCGUCAAAUCACCUCCAUGCUUGGUCCUGAAGUGGAACCGGGCCUAUCGCUUCAUGACCCUUUAACCAUCUGGUACAUGCUCACAGGAUCUGAUCCAGCAUGGAAGCUAGCCAAAAAUGCGCCAGAAGAUAUUCGUGUCGAGACCUCAGGACAGUGGACUCACGGGAUGCACGUUUUGGACCGUCGCGGUAGGGCACGACCCGACGGCGUGACGACUUUUGAGGUCCCUAGGGAUGAACAUGGCUGGCUCAGCUUGGUGAGGGGCAAUAGAAUAAACAGAUACGUUGGCAGUCCAGGCGAGAUGGCAUUUGCGCCAUUCUUAAUGGAGCGUCUUUUCGGGUGAAAAGGAUAGCAAUUAAGAAAGACAACGAGUUAGUCGCCGUACAUCUGACACGGCGAAGACGAUAGAGAUGUCAGCAGAACGCAUAUGUGGGUAUCAUUAGACAAGAGCGUA